AAGAGUCAAAAGGGAGUCUCUGGUGGUGUCUCACUUCUCUCUGGAGCCCUAAUCCUGAUUCUUUCAGGGCCUCGAAUUGUUGAGCAGAGUAGCUAACGAAGACGGGGAAAAUCAUUACGAAGAAUCCGAGUUGUGAGGUGAUAAUCUGAUUUUAUAGAAUCGAAACAUCUUCAUUUCUGGAGCUUGAUUGGCUGAGUUUCAGAUGGAAUUUUGAAAUUGGUUGAUUGUCAGAUAUGGAUUCGAACUUCGUUUUGAUUCUGUGUAUAGCUUUGAUUUUCGCCGCUCAUACUACUAGUAAGGUUGGUGGAGAGGAGGCACAAGUUUCCUCGAGCUCGAUCACGAAUUCGAAUUUGACAGAGACAGGUUUUGGUGGAUCAGAAAUUGUUAACAAUGUUACUGAUUCUAAGAGUAGAAGAGAUCACUCUAAAAACACGACCGAUGAUACACAUUUAGGGGAUAGUAAGAGUGAAGGGAAGGAAGGAAGUGAUGAAGCUAUGAGCAAUUCUUCAAGGAAGAAACAAGGGUUUCACGGUGAAGAAUGUGAUCCAUCUUACAUGUGUACCGAUGAGGAAGAUCAUUUUGUCGCUUGUCUCCGAGUUCCUGGUAAUGAUGCGCCUCAUCUCUCACUCUUGAUUCAGAACAUUGGCAAAGAUGCUCUGCUUGUAACUAUAACUGCUCCGGGUUUUGUUGGGUUAGAGAAGAACAAAGUUGAGCUUCUGGAAAACGAAGACACAAAGGUGAAAGUCUCUAUUAAAAAAGGAGGGUCCAACGAUAGCGCAAUCAUACUAGCCUCCUUUAAAGGCCAUUGCAGCCUUGAACUAAAGGAUUUGGCAGCAGCACAUGAAACAGGAAACGAGGAUACAGCCGUUGUUUCUCGUCCUUCAAUCCUCAAUAUCCGUCCGCGAACACUCAUCAUCAUCAUCAUCAUCAUCUCCUUCCUCGUUGUCUCCCUUGUCAUCAUCCCAAUGAUCAUCCACGUCUACAGGAACAAGGCAAAAGGAAACAACAAAUACCAGAGGUUGGACAUGGAAUUGCCAGUCUCUAACAACACCGAUUUGGCGUCGAAAUCUGAUCUAGAAGCGGGUGAUGACGGAUGGAACAAUAAUUGGGGAGAUGAUUGGGACGAAGAAAAUGGCGAUGGAGACGAAGAACAGCCAAAUACUCCGGUGUUACCACUUACACCGAGCGUUUCCUCUAGAGGACUUGCUUCUAGACGACUCAGUAAAGAAGGUUGGAAAGAUUAGUUUCACUCUCACUUGUCUCUUUGUUUCCACUGAGAAUUUACUAUGAUUUGGUAAUGUUUUGUUUCCGUGGAGUUAACUUUUUUUCUUUCCUUUUUUACCAAAACGCUCUCUUUUAUACCUUUUAGGCCUUUUGUGUUUAUGGGCCUAGUUUGUAUUCAUAAUAUUGUACAAUUGGCUCUGUGAAGAUAAUGUCGGCCUUU